AGAGGAGUGUGGAGGUAUGACAGUGAUCGGUAUGUACAGGAGAGGAGUGUGGGGGGGUAUAACAGUGAUCCGGUAUGUACAGGAGAGGAGUGUGGAGGUAUGACAGUGAUCGGUAUGUACAGGAGAGGAGUACGGAGGUAUGACAGUGAUCGGUAUGUACAGGAGAGGAGUACGGAGGUAUGACAGUGAUCGGUAUGUACAGGAGAGGAGUGUGGGGGGUAUGACAGUGAUUGGUAUGUACAGGAGAGGAGUGGGGGAGGUAUGACAGUGAUCGGUAUGUACAGGAGAGGAGUACGGAGGUAUGACAG